AUGUCCGAGAAUGCAAAAUAUCUUACCCGACCAAAAGUAAGAUUUUGUCAAACAGAUGCUGGCAAAUUGAUAACAAAAGAAUUGGAAAGCUCGACUGAUCAGAAUGGUGUUAAGCAAUCGAACAAACCAAAAAUUCUAAGUGUAGUAAAAUUAAAUAAAUUUGUUAAAUUAGUGGAUCCGGAUAAGGUAUCUAACAAUGAGGAAAACAAUUCAAAAGUUAUUGAUAACGAAUCGAAUGCAAACUUGACAUUAUGUGCUAAUGCACUUUCUUCGGCUUCGAUUGAGACCUCAUCUUUGAAUGAAAAUAUUAUUAAAACAGGAAAUCAAAUUCCUUUGAAUGAUGCUAGCAAUAUUCAGAAUAUUAAAACAAAUACUUCUGAUAAAACUGAUUUGAUGAAAGAAUAUACAAAAAGUAGAAAAGAAAAAGAAAAUAAAUCAACAAUUAAUAAGAAAGGCAUUAAAACUGUAACUAAAACAUCCACAGAUCUGGACAUUUUAAAACAUAAAGUUCGACUGGCUUCUGCUAAUAGUGAUACAAAAAAAUAUAAUGCUACAAAUAAGAAAUCUAGCUCAAUUACAACUAAAAAAAAUUUGAAUUUAAAACCUGCUGAUGUUAUGCCAUGUUAUAAGUACAAUAAAGUUGCAUCCAAAAUCAAAACUCCCAUUGUUAAAAAAGUUAUGAUAAGGAAUAUAAUUGGUUCUAAAAUACAGCCUAAUGUUGGACCAGGUGUAUUACGCAGUCAGCCAGAUAAUUUAAAAAUUUUAAAAACAGAUGAGAAGAUUCAUACAAAACCAAUUACUUCUGGAGAAAAAUUAGCAAAACCGGAAUAUAAUUCUAUUAUAUGUACAAUUAAUAAAUUAAAAGAAAUGAAAAAACAAAAAGUUGUAACUGAUAUAGAACAUUUACCUACUUCAUAUAAGAAUCUUAUAAAUAGCAAGAUUUCUACUGUUUUGGAUUUUCCUCUUGAUGAGGUAAUUUAUAGAGAUUUGGUAGACUUAUCCAUAGAUGAAAAUCAAUUGCCAAGCAGAUUAACUCGUAGCAAAGAUCCAGAACCAAGACAAAAAGAUGUUGUACCAAUACUUUCUGACUUUUUUGCACCCGAAUCUACUGAAGAAUAUUGUAUUCCUGUUUCUAUAAAACCACGAACUGCAGAAACUAUGGAUAAUUGGAAUGCCUUUAGAAUAAGUGAUCAAAUAAAUGAAUGGAAGCAUAUUUUAAAUCACGAAUAA